GUUUCGCGGCUAUUACCCUCAGAAUCCAUCUUUCUACUGCUACUUCUUCUCCUUCUUCUCGCUCACCCACCCCGCUUUGCGCUCCCAGAAACCCCAUUUUAGUCUCUAUAUAUCUGCCAUUCCUGUCUAUGCUCCCACUCGCCGCUCAAUUUUCACUCACUUGUGCUGUCAAAUUUGAAUUUGAUUCAGAAGAAUCUUCAGACGCGUGGAUUUUUCUAUCCUAAUCUUAGUUAUGGCCCCACCAAGACAACCAAGGAGCUUAAAUAAACGACAUUCUAAUAGAAAUGAUGUCUCCCUGAGUAAUGAUGGAGAUAGUUCUAAAAAGAACAUGCAACGGAAGAGGAAGUAUAUUGACAUGUUAGGUCCUCAAUGGAGCAAGGAAGAGCUGGAGAGUUUCUAUGAUGCAUACCGGGAGUAUAAUAAAGAUUGGAAAAAAGUGGCAGCAGCAGUCCAAAACCGAUCAGUUGAUAUGGUGGAGGCUCUUUACACCAUGAAUAGGGCUUACUUAUCUCUUCCUGAGGGGAUUGCUUCUGUUGUUGGGUUGAUUGCAAUGAUGACUGAUCACUACUGCAACUUGGUUGGAAGCGAUAGUGAUCAGGAAAACAAUGAGGGUGCAGGAACAACUCGAAAUCCCCAAAAACGCGCUCGGUGUAAAGUUCAGGCUAGUAAAGCAUCUGAUUUGCACCCUUCAACAGUUGCAUCAGGUUAUGAUUGCCUGGCAUUAUUGAAGAGCAAAUGCUCAAAAGGGGACCAGACUCGUGUUGUAGGAAAGAGGACACCACGGUUUCCAGUAUCACGCUCUAAUGAAAAUUUUAAAGCCAAGAAGUAUUUUUCUCCAAGUAGACAAGAUUUGAAAAUAAAUUUAGAUGCCCAUGAUGAUGAAGUUGCACGUGAAAUAGCAUUGGCUUUAGCAGAAGCUUCACACAGAGGGGGUUCUCCUCAGGUUUCUCAAACACCUAUUCAUGGAACAGACAGUGCUUUGUCCUCUCCUGCUUGGACCACUGAAAGCAAUCAUGCUAAUCUGGAAAUAGCCAAUGCCAAGGUUCUCAGUAGUGAAAUGGACAGAGAAGGAAGCAUGGAAGUUGAUACCAGAGAGUUAUCUAGUUGUAGGAAUUAUUUGAUGGAACCUGGAAGUGUUGGCAAAACAAUGCAAAAAGGGAGAAGACUAAAUGAGAAAAAGUUGAAAGCUGGGGAAAGUGGUGACUAUAAUUUUCAUGAUAUCAAGGAAGUAUGUAGUGGUACAGAAGAUCAUAGAUUGGGUGCAGUAAGAAAGAAACAUGAAAUGGAGAUUCUGAAUGAAAAAGUUUCAAAGACUUGUUCACAGGGAUUUAGAAAGAGGAGCAAAAAGGUUCUUUUCCAAAGAGAUGAAGGCUCUACCUUUGAUGCUCUACAAACUUUGGCUGAGCUAUCCCUAAUGAUGCCUGCAACAGAAAAUGAUGAUGAGUCAACGGACCAGGUCAAAGAUGAGAAUAAUCAUAAUGGUGAAUCUGAGUCCUUAGAAGCUAUUCCUAAAAACCUUCCAAGGGAUAACUGUGGAUCAUCAGGGGUUAAAAGUAAAUGGAGUCGACGCAUUUCGGGAAUUGUAGUUGCUUCUAGUAAAGCAUCAAAACAUGUAAAGGUUUCAUGUGGUGCUAUUGCUUCUCCUGAAACAACGGAGGUGAGGAAAACACCAAAAAAGUUGGUAUCUAAGAUGCAAACAAGUGAAGCUUGUCCCAGUAAUUAUCUCUCUGAAUCUCAGGAGUAUGAGACAAAGGAGGCACCAAAGAAGUUGAUCAAUAAGGGUAAAAGGUCUUCUCAAAAUGCAACACCGAAAAUUACAAAGAAUAAAAAACAUUCCGUAAGUGCUGACCCAGGGAUUAAUGGAAGUGAUUCAGCUCAAUCAAUUGCCGAAAUCCCUGCACCGGACGGGGCUACCUUGUGUACUAAAGUCAGAAGCAGGCGUAAGAUUGAACUGAAGAAACCACAAAAGCAAAAAGAUUUGAUGCUUCCUGAUAAAAUUUUGGAUGACAACAAUGACAGACCCUCUGCUUCAGUCCAUGACAAUGUGUCCAAUCUCAAGAAAAGGCUCUCUAAUUGUCUUUCUGAUGAUCAUGUACGGAAGUGGUGUAUGUUUGAGUGGUUUUACAGUGCAAUUGAUUAUCCUUGGUUUGCUAAAAAGGAGUUUGUUGAAUACUUGCAUCAUGUUGGAUUAGGGCAUGUCCCAAGGUUAACUCGUGUUGAAUGGAGUGUCAUAAGAAGUUCUCUUGGCAAACCACGGCGAUUUUCUGUGCAAUUCUUGAAGGAGGAAAAAGAGAAGCUAAAUCAAUAUCGUGAAUCUGUUAGAAGACAUUACACCGAACUAUGUGAGGGUACCAGGGAAGGAUUACCCACUGAUCUUGCAAGGCCAUUAUCAGUUGGACAACGCGUCAUUGCAAUCCACCCUAAGACAAUGGAAAUUCAUGAUGGAAGUGUGCUGACAGUUGAUCAUUCCAGGUGCCGGAUUCAGUUUGACCUUCCUGAUCUUGGGGUUGAAUUUGUCAAGGAUAUUGAUUGCAUGCCCCAAAAUCCAUAUGAGAACAUGCCUACAUUACUCGCUAGGCACAUUGAUGCCUUGGACUUGUCAUUUGAGAACACCCCCAAGCACAAAGUGAAAGCUCAAUCAAAUGAGAGUAUGAAAUUCUCAUCAGGAGUUCUGGAGAAUGGUGAUGGUUUCCUUAAUUUAUCUCCAAUGAAUUUUGCCAUUAACAAUCUGUUAACACAGACAAAGGUGACAACAUCAAGUGCUGACUGGCAAUCAAAUAUUGGGACAAUGGAACCUGCCACAGCAUAUUCUCAGCCUAGUAAAAUGGCUCAGCAUCAAGCAAAAGAAGCUGAUGUUCGUGCUCUUGCUGAGCUGAUGCAUGCCCUUGAUAAAAAGCAUGCUGUGAUCGCUGAAUUGAGGCACAUGAAUGAUGAUGUGAUGGAAGAUCAAAAGAGCAGUGACUGCACUCUUAUGGACUUGGAGCCUUUCAGAAAGCAAUAUGCCACAAUAGUAUUACAGUUGAAGGAAGUAAAUAAACAGGUUUCUUCUGCUUUGUUUCAUUUGAGACAAAGGAACACAUAUCAAGAUAACUUGUCACCAAGGCCCGUUGCUAAUUUUUGUGAUCCUGGUGAUAUGUUGAACACUUACGACCAUUAUACAGGCCAAGCUCAGGAACCUGGAUCACAUGUCAAUGAGACUAUUGAAAGUUCAAAAAUAAAAGCGCGGAUAAUGGUGGACUCUGUUUUGCAGGAAUUUAAUGGAAUGGAGAGCACUACAGAGAAUGUGGCCCCUGAUUCUACUCUGAACAGACCUGUGAAUGGAAACGAGGCAGAUAUCCCUUCAGAGCUGAUUAGUCGAUGUGUUGCAACUUUUCUUAUGAUUCAGAAGUGUACAGAAAGAGAGUUUCCUCCCGCAGGGGUGGCCAAAAUACUGGAUUCUGCAGUUGCAAGCCUGCAGCCGCGUUGUUCACAGAACCUCCCGGUUUAUACUGAAAUUCAGAAGUGCAUCGGAGUCAUAAAAAACCAAAUAUUGGCACUCGUACCGACAUAGAAUGUAACUCUUUUAGGUUUACAAGGUAGAGGUAGAUAAGUUGGUAAGCUUGAAUGGUGAUGAAUGCAUUAGGUAUUCUUCUCUGCGUUUUUCCUUAAGUUCAGUCUAAUGCUGGGCUCAUUUUUGUUUACUGAAUUCUGUCAAAAGACAGGGAAGAGGAGGGUGAUAUGAUCAAAUUAAUGUUGUUAUAGUUUAACAUUUAUCUCCAAAUGUCAUAAUCAAUUUUAAGUGCAAUAGUUCAUAGCAUAUGCUCAUU